UGGGUUUUUUUCGUUGCCGUCGCUGCUGGGGUGCCCCCCCUCCUCUGCGCGAGAGCCGCGCGGCCCGCCGGCGGAGCCGCCAUCCCGCCGGCAGAAGGCGGGCCCUGCGCAGGAGGUGAGGCCAGCGAGGCAGGUCCGCGCGGCCGGGCCCACCCCCUCGAAAACAAAACUUUUUUCCUGCAGGCGCUGCGAGCAGAGAGCUGGCGCGGGGUCCCCGGAGCAGCCUCGCCGCGCCCCGCCGCGCCGCGCAGCUGGUAUGCGGUAGGGCAGUGCCAUGUACUGGAAGAGCGACCCGAUGUUCGUCUGCAGGCUGGAGGACAAGGACCUUCCCGCGCUCGGCGGCCCCUCGGAGAAGGUGCGCGGGGCGGCGAGCGGGCGCGGACGGGGGCGGCGCGGGGCGAGCGCGGCGCCGGUGCCGGCUGCCGGCCCCGCCGCGGCCGACGAGGACUCCUGCUCUUCUUCCGCCGCCCUGUCGCCGUCCUCCUCGCCGCGGUCCAUGGCCUCGGGCUCCGGCUGCGCCCCCGGCAAGUGCGUGUGCAGCAGCUGCGGCCUGGAGAUCGUGGACAAGUACCUGCUGAAGGUAAACGACCUCUGCUGGCACGUGCGCUGUCUCUCAUGCAGUGUUUGCAGGACUUCUCUAGGAAGGCACACCAGCUGUUACAUCAAAGAUAAAGAUAUCUUCUGCAAACUUGACUAUUUCAGGCGGUAUGGCACCCGCUGCUCCCGCUGCGGGAGGCAUAUUCAUUCUACUGACUGGGUCCGAAGGGCUAAAGGAAACGUGUACCACUUGGCAUGUUUUGCGUGCUUCUCCUGCAAAAGACAACUCUCCACUGGAGAGGAGUUUGCUUUGGUGGAAGAGAAGGUCCUUUGUAGAGUACAUUAUGACUGCAUGUUGGACAAUCUGAAAAGAGAAGUUGAAAAUGGUAAUGGGAUUAGUGUGGAAGGUGCAUUACUAACAGAACAAGAUGUUAACCAUCCAAAACCAGCAAAAAGAGCUCGGACCAGCUUCACAGCAGAUCAACUCCAGGUUAUGCAAGCACAGUUUGCUCAGGACAACAAUCCGGAUGCACAAACACUUCAGAAACUGGCAGAAAGAACAGGCUUGAGCAGGCGUGUUAUACAGGUGUGGUUUCAGAAUUGCAGAGCACGCCACAAGAAACACGUUAGUCCUAAUCAUUCGUCUACUGCUCCUGUCACAGCAGUUCAGCCCUCCCGGCUGUCGCCGCCCAUGUUAGAAGAAAUGGCAUACUCUGCGUACGUACCCCAGGACGGGACUAUGCUAACUGCCCUGCACAGCUAUAUGGAUGCUCAUUCACCUACAGCUCUUGGACUCCAGUCUUUGCUACCCCAUUCAAUGACACAACUGCCACUAAGUCACACCUAAUUCCUUUCUGUCAGGGAUACAAGCUAUUAAGGAUAUAACCUGAAGUCAUUUAUUGUGUAUUAAAAAUAUCAUUGGAAAGGUAUUAAUGUUAACUUUUUAUUUAACAUCUAAAGCAUUUUCAAGAUCAUUUUUGCUGCCCAGGUAUGUAAGUAUAUUUAGCCUGCAAGACACUUUUAUGGAUUCUACAUAAAUAACUAUUACGUUGUUUACAAGCCUUAUUAAACACUUUUUUUUGUAUUGUCUGGAAGUAGUCCACUCUAGUUAUGUGUGUUAAUUUAUUUGUCAUCGAAAGAGCACUUUGCCUAAAAGAAAGGACUGACAAUUGUGCAAAAUGUUUACAAUUCUUUGUGAAAUUGUAGUUUAUCAUUAGUUUGUAAGUUAUUGCUGAAAGUAUUACCUGUAUUUGAGUUGUAUACAGCCUAUAUGUUAAAGCUUAUUUCUGUGAAUUUACAAAAAUAAAUUUUGGUUGCAAAUAUUUUCAGAAUGAACUGAAUAAAAUUUCUGCUGUAGCAUGUCA